GCUUUAGUUCAGGUAUUAUUUGAGCUUUUGAGACGCCAGUCAGCUGCACCCAGUUGUAAAAACAAAGCCUCGUUACCAUGGUUACACAUCGUAACUCAAAAAGGAUGUCUAAACAUAGAAGAACUCAACCAAAAAAGGUUAAAAGUUUAAAAAAGAACCAAUCAGAAGUAAAGUAACAGAAUUUCUCUGCCAUGCUCCAGCUGUGAGUGGCACAAUAAACUCACAUACGGGUUAAAUUAGGAUGCGUCACAGUUGGUGUUGGCACACAUGACCUCCCCCAAUGUCCUACGGAUAAAUGAUUUCCCAGAUGUCUCAAACAAUCAGCUAAAAGAUUAAUCUGAUCCAUUCUGCAGAGUUUCUGUUUAUUUUCCAUUGAAAUGUUUUCUUCACUAUGAACUGUUUGAAACUUUUGAGCUUUUUGGAGCGUCUUGAACUUCCUGAAACAAUCUUCUGCGCAGCUCAACUUCUCACGUUGAAGUUAUUUUAGUUCCUAAACUCUCAGCAGCAAGUUCCUCACAGUCUGAAAUUUCUGAAAUUCCUGAAAUUCCUUAGGAGUAAACCAUCGUCAAGACAAGACAACAACUGCAGCUGAACUGAAGAUCUACUCAUUAACUUUUUACAGUUCUUUGUAAUUAAUAGACAAGCACCUGAUCACACACAGCUGAGGCUGCAAGGUUUGCAAAAUAUCAUCUGUGUCAGAAUAUUUCUGACUGCAUUCUGUCUCUUGUGGACAUUUUUUUUCUUACAUUUAUUUAUUUAUGUAUUUAUUUAUGUAUUUAUUCAUUUAUUUCCUUCAGUUCCCAACAUUCAUUCUAUCUGCAGUUGUUCUUUCAGAUUUAUAUACUUCAUAGUUCAACAAUGUUUCUAAACACACCUCAUGUUUAUCCAUGUUUUGCCAGUUAAGUACAAUAGUUUAGAGGGAAACUAAACUAGUUUCAGCUUCUUUUCUUCUGUUUGACUUUUUUUUAUUAAUGUUGUCUUUUGUAUAAAUUACUUUCAUCCUCAUCUUCAUUCCACUUUUUUUCGUGCCAGAUUUUGUUACUUAUAAUAAUAGAUCUACCCGCAUCUUUUCAAUUCUUCUGCUUUAUUUACUGAUAAACAUAGCAUCUAUGCUCUGUAUGCGACCAGCGCUUUUACUUUGAAAGCCUUCCUGCAAACAUCCGGUGCUGUCCCAUCGCUGCUCUGAUUGGCUGCUGAGGAAGCCUCCGUUUUCGGGGUGAAGGCAAUCAUGGAGGAGCUGAGCGCCGUGGGAGAGCAGGUUUUUGAUGCCGAGUGCAUUUUGAACAAACGACUCAGAAAGGGAAAGUUGGAGUUUCUGGUGAAGUGGAGGGGAUGGUCAUCCAAACACAACAGCUGGGAGCCGCAGGAAAACAUUCUGGACCCGAGACUGUUGGCGGCAUUCAAUAAGAAAGAACAAGAAAAAGAGCUUCUGAUGCUUAAAAGACGCAAACGACCCAGAGGACGACCCAGAAAGAUCAUAGAGAAUAUACCGGAACCCCAAAAAUCAAGCACCUCUUCAUCUGCUUCAUCCUCCUCGUCCUCCGACUCCUCAUCCUCCUGCUCCUCUUCGUCUUCAUCCUCAGAAGAUGAAGAUGAGGGUGAUGACGGCCACGCCAAACAGGCGAGCCCGACCGUCAGGCCACGGGAGCUACAUCCCGUCCCUCAGAAGAAGGCGCAGAUCGUCAUGGCGAAGCAGGAGCCCCUGAGGAAGCGAAACAGGAAGCCCCUCCCUCCGGAGGCGAAGGAGUUCCAGCAGAACAAGGGUCCGCGCAAAGUCCUGAAGACCGCCAAAGAGACGGAUCUUCCAGGGGCGAUCAAGAAGCCGGUUCAUCCGGCGAGCUUCACCUUCAUGGGUUUCCACCGCAGCUCAGCCAAAGAUGCGGCGCCUGGUCCGUACAGGAGCCCGCUGACCCAGGGUGGGGCGGUUAAACCCGCCACCAGCUCACCUGGAUCUGGGAGAUCUUCAGUCCAAACCGCAUCUCUGGCCUUGAACAAAUCCAACCAGAGCAGAAAUGCAACCGAGGGGAAGCUGUCCAUCUCCGGCGGGAACAGUGGAGGAAGUCUGGAUUUGAAAACAGCUGCUUGUAAAUCCAAAGGAGUAGCUGCUCUGAAUGUGAAUACCACCAAACAUCCAGUUCAAGGAACCACUCAGCACACUCUGAGCUCACCCAGUGGACCAAAGAAGCCCCACUCCACCGGGUCCGCAAUGCAGCGGGUAGCCGGUACUAAAGCAGGGGCUUCCCAGUCUAAGAGCGCCUCCUCCAAUCAAGGCCAUCAGCCCCUCAACCUUCAGAACAAGCAGUCUCAAAGCGGUGACGCUCCUGGAAGCGGCACCACCGCAGCGUCGGGUCUGAGAAAUCCAGUCGUCCCUGCGAGAAAACCCACAGUCCCCCAAAAUCUGGAGACAAACGCCAAUAAAAGUCCGGUUUCCUCUGGAAGACCGCCUGCCAGGAAACCGCAGGCCGGUGGAGACAAGCUCAGAGAAAUGAAGGAAUUCCAGAAGGUCCAAGGCCGGUUGGACAAGUCCUGCUCCGAGAUCCAGAACCCGCCGGCAAGAACGGCCACUAAAGGCAGCAAGAAAGCCAAAAUGACCGACAUGAGCACCGGCGAAGAGGAGAGCAGCUCGGACUCGGACCACGACUCUUCGUACGCUGGACAGGGUCACCCAGUGGCGGGCCAGAACCAGGACUGGAAGCCCACACGCAGCCUGAUCGAACACGUGUUUGUGACCGAUGUCACGGCGAACCUGGUCACCGUCACGGUGAAAGAGUCGCCAACCAGCGUGGGCUUCUUCAGCAUCCGCAACUACUGACAGUCGACCUGGGCGGGUCUGCAGGGUUCACUAGUUCACUUAUAGCAGUCGAGACAUAUUUUAGAUAAAAACAAUAAUAAUAGAGUCAGUCAUUGAUUGUAAUUAUUUAUUUUGUCAUAUGUAUUAAAAAAGUGCAUUUUGGA